GUAUUGGGGCUUCAUUGUUCGCGCUGGGCCCGGCAGUUUAGUGUAAUUGCCGCCGAAGAAGGAGGCGGGGUAACCUCCGGUCAGCCGAGAAACCCGGCUAUCCCGCAGCCAUAGCCGCUCAAAAGAUUUGUGAGGUAGUAAAGGGUAGGGAGCUGGACCUGGAGGCGCCGCCGCGACAGCAGCAGCCAUGGAGGACGAAAUGCCUAAGACUCUAUAUGUUGGUAACCUUUCCAGAGAUGUCACAGAAGCUCUAAUUCUCCAGCUCUUUAGCCAGAUUGGACCUUGUAAAAACUGCAAAAUGAUUAUGGAUACAGCUGGAAAUGAUCCGUAUUGUUUUGUGGAGUUUUAUGAGCAUCGUCAUGCAGCUGCAGCACUAGCUGCUAUGAAUGGGCGGAAGAUAAUGGGUAAGGAAGUCAAAGUGAAUUGGGCAACAACUCCCAGCAGUCAAAAGAAAGACACAAGCAGUAGUACCGUUGUCAGCACACAGCGUUCACAAGAUCAUUUCCAUGUCUUUGUUGGUGAUCUCAGUCCAGAAAUUACAACUGAAGAUAUAAAAGCUGCUUUUGCACCAUUUGGAAGAAUAUCAGAUGCCCGAGUGGUAAAAGACAUGGCGACAGGAAAGUCUAAGGGAUAUGGCUUUGUCUCCUUUUUCAACAAAUGGGAUGCUGAAAACGCCAUUCAACAGAUGGGUGGCCAGUGGCUUGGUGGAAGACAAAUCAGAACUAACUGGGCAACCCGAAAGCCUCCAGCUCCAAAGAGUACAUAUGAGUCAAACACCAAACAGCUAUCAUAUGAUGAGGUCGUAAAUCAGUCUAGUCCAAGCAACUGUACUGUGUACUGUGGAGGCGUCACUUCUGGGCUAACAGAACAACUAAUGCGUCAGACUUUUUCACCAUUUGGACAAAUAAUGGAAAUUCGAGUCUUUCCAGAUAAAGGAUAUUCUUUUGUUCGGUUCAAUUCCCAUGAAAGUGCAGCACAUGCAAUUGUUUCUGUUAAUGGAACUACCAUUGAAGGCCAUGUUGUGAAAUGCUAUUGGGGCAAAGAAACUCUCGAUAUGAUAAAUCCUGUGCAACAGAAUCAAAUUGGAUAUCCACAAGCUUAUGGCCAGUGGGGCCAGUGGUAUGGGAAUGCACAACAAAUUGGCCAGUAUAUGCCUAAUGGUUGGCAAGUACCUGCAUAUGGAAUGUAUGGCCAGCCAUGGAACCAGCAAGGAUUUAAUCAGACACAGUCUUCUCCACCAUGGAUGGGACCAAAUUAUGGAGUGCAGCCACCUCCAGGACAGAAUGGCAGCAUGAUGCCUAAUCAGCCUGCAGGGUAUCGAGUGGCAGGGUAUGAAACCCAGUGAAAAAGGACUCCAGAAUCUAAAGUCAGGGGCUUAAGGCUACAGGGAGUAGUAAAGCCGUUGUUUACUUACAGAUUUAUCAAAUCAGUCAGAGCAAAUGUCAGAUACAGUGUAUUUAUUUAAAAGAUUCAUUUUUCAAUCAUGAAAUUACUUAUCAUCCACAUUGUUUUAAAAAGAAACAAGAUGCUGGAUGUCUGCCAAUUUUUGCCUUCAUUACCUUUUUUGAUAAAGAUUCUCAGAUCCUUGUUUCAAAUACAAAUGCAGGGAUUGCUGCCACUUUUUUAAAAUUGAGGCAGAAAAUUGCACAAUGUUGAACUUUUUUCCACUGAAGUAGUAUGCAGUUCUAGUUUGCAUUCCUGAUAUGAUUUAAAACAUGUAAUAUAAAGAUGUAAAAAAAAAGAAAAACCAAAACUGUGCAGAGUCUAGAAGUUCUUUGUAAUCUUCAGCUAAUGCACAAUUCUGUUUUAGGUUUUUUUGAAAUAGACAUUGUUUGAGCUGUCCCAUCACCACUAUUUCCCUCUGCCGUUUUUAAAUAUAAAUUAUUAGUUUACAUCAUUUUUGUAUCUACAUUUUUUCACAAAUUUGUCUUGCCUUAUUAAAGUUCUGUAAAAUACACUUAAAUGGGAAAAAAAAUGAUGUUCAUUUAGAUUGAAAACUUUUCUCAGAUGGAUUGAUAAUUGUAUUCAUCUUGUGUUUUAUAUGAGAAGGUGCCUCAAGAAUUCCCUGUUUAAUCUGUUUAAAAGGGUUUUUAUCUUCUGUGAUAAACUUUGCUGUGUACCAGGAAUUAUAAAAACAAAAACUUGUUACUAAAGAAAAUCUCUGAAAUGUGAUAAGUUCUUAUGAACCCAUGUUAAUUUCAUAUGUCAACUUCUAUAUUUACAUGUAUUAUUUCAUUAUGUAAAAUGUUUUAGCAAUUUAAUAUUUUGCACAGUUACCAAACUUUGUAUGUCAUUUCCUCCUUAAAGGCAUCAUGCAGAGUCGACCGGAGAUUUAUAAAGUUUUGUUUGCAUGUGAAUAUCAAAUACACACUUUGGUAGUCUUUGAAUACAAAGUCAUCAGCUCUUGUUUUUCAAGAAUUUUGAAACACAAAGUUGUAUGUAAAAAAAAUAUUAAUUUGCCAUAUUCUAGUUAUAUUUACUCAAAAAGAGUAAAUCAACUUGAUUUGAAUAUGUACAAACGAUAGCUGUGAAACUGUAGAAUGUCCUUAUGUCAGGCACGGGGGUUCCUUGUGAACUCCAGAAGUAGCCUGAAUGACCAGCCAGACAAAGCAUUUUUUAAAUGUUCAGAGGCCAAAAGAUCAACAACAACAACAAAAAAAAACCCUUGAAAUCCUACCUCCUUAAACAGCCUUCAAAGAGGAGAAUCCUCAGUGCAAUCAUUACUUUGAUUCUUUUGGUACCUGUUUUCCUGGAGUUCCUAGUUUUAUUAUUUUGGGUUGGCUCCAAGCAUUAAGAAGUUUAAUUUUUGAUGGCAUUGUUCUAGUUUUGAAAUUUUAGUACAUUUCAGAGUCUCUUUGAACAAUAGUGGGAGAUUUUGUUUGUUUUGUUUUGUUUUCUGUAAAAGUCACAAACUCUCCUGUUUGACUCACAAAGGGAAAGGAUCCCCAGUAUACCUAUUUGGAUGCUUGGUUGUUCUUUUUAAGACCAGAGAGCUCCCGGUGUUUUGUUUAGGAACAGAAAAGGCCCGUCGAAUCUUAAGAGAUUCCUGGCCUGUAUUCUCCAGGUAGCAGCAAAGGAGCCUAAACUGGUCUCUAAGCCAAUACUCCAGUAAACCAGAGCCCAGGAAAGACAGCUCUUAAAUGUGUGUAAUUCUCUGGGGCUCAAUUCUAUGCAGUUAUAAACACUUAGGAAUUUUAUUUCCUUGUUAACUUCUACAGAUCAGGGCAUGCAACCAAAAGCAGCUUAAAUGAAAUACUCAAAAAAUGAAAUGAUAGGAUGCUGUUUUUAGAUUCUUCUGGUUUAUGUUCCUGUUUUAGGACCCUCGUCGUUUUUCUCUUAUUCAAAAAAGUUUUAUGUCCUAUACAUCUGUGGACUGCAGGGUAAAUUAUUUGGGCAUAAAUAAGCAAAAGUGUAGUUUUCCUUUCAUUUUGACUGUCUCAAGUAAUAAUACUUUUUAUUAGCCAAUAUUUUUUUAUUGCACAAUUCUAAAAUGUACAGACUACUUUUUGAGAAGAAAGUAGUAUUACUCAAAGGGUUACUACUGAACAAAUUUGCAAUUCAGGAACAUUGCUAACUUUGCUAUAAAUCUUAUUCUCAGUGUUAAAUCACUUUAAAAAUUUACAGUCUAAAAAUCAUACUGGUAUUAGUAUCCGGUAAGGAAAUUACAGUUUUAAAAUGAAUUCAUUCUCUGCAAUAUGCAUUCAGAUUUUACUUUAAAAUACAUCUGGUACUGUAAAGAACCUGAAGUGGUUCACACUUAAGGGGUUCAUUAAUCCAGUAUUCUUUGCCCUGACUGUUUGGAUAUUAAAGUUCCUUUAUGUUUUCUAUAA